AUGUUAAAAGUUCAUGUGGGUAAAGAAGAUUUUAAUGUUUCUAAAAGUUUAUUCCAAAAAUAUAACCCGGAUUUAUUCAAAACUAAUGAUGAUAACAUAACAUUAGAUUGUGACUUAGAGAUUUUUAAAUUAAUCCAUGAUUUUAUACAAGACAAGGAUAUAUCCUACAAAAUUAAUUCCUAUAGUAUCUGGUACGACCUUAAGCAAUUACUCAUCCAGUACCAACUAGAUUCUUUAUUUAAACAACUAGUUGAAAGUUUACCUUAUUACAUGGUUCAAAUCGGCUAUAAAGAUUUUAAAAUUAAUAAAGAUUUACUGCAUAUUGAUAAUGGCCUACAAUUCAAUUGGAUAGAAAACUCUUUUGUCCCAAACUUAUCAAGUAUUGUUUUUGAACAAUUAUAUGAACUUUUAAUUCAAUCUCGGUUUUCAUCAGAGAUUGGUAAUGGUUUUGAAAAUAUUAUUGAUGUAGCUAAUAGAGAAUUUCUAAUUGAAUACUGUGAAUAUUUUAAAUUCUUUAAAUUAAAACAUCAAUUGAUUAAACAUAAGAUUAUUUCAAAUCCAUAUGAUGAUAAUCUACCAGAAAUUCAUAUUAAAUUAUCUUCCUUACAUAAGGAUGGCAUAACUUUAAAACAUGGUUAUAAUCAAGUAACCAAUGAAUGCACAGUAGAUCAUAACAAAAAAAAGGCUACUUCAUGUGGAAAUUCCAAUUUAAGUUCAGAGGAUGAAGUUGAUGAUUUACAACCACAGAAAAAGAAACAAAAGACAAAUUGCAAGGUGAAGAAAUCAUGGGAUAUUAUCAAGUAUUCUCGCCCGUAUCAAAUAGACACAACACCAAAUGAAUUAGUCUUUCAGCUAGAUGGAAAUGAAAGUUCUUUGGUUUUUAAUAAGUCAUCAAAAAGUAUCCAUAUUGAUAUGAUUGGCGAAACAUUAAAAAACUUUGAAAACAAAUUCAAGAAGGUCUUCCAAAAUGAACAAAUAGAUUUGAAUAAAUUUAAGUGUAAAUAUAAAAAACAAGUUGGCAGUCGAGAAUUGGAUCAUUUAGUUUUACCUGCGUGCAUAUCAAUUUGUGAUCUGACAAUUAAUUCAGUACCAUGCAGAAAUGUUGCACAAUUUAUUACUGAAUACACGCAGAUAGAGAGAAUUGUUGAUUUUUCUAAUAUGGAUGAAUUGACAUUUUCACACGGAUUUGUUUUGAAUUUAAAUAAAUCGAUGUGGAAGUGUGGGAUAAAAGAUGGUAAAAUCAUGAUGAUUGCAAUUAAAGCUGAUGCUUUAACUAAUGUAAAAGAAUUUAAUAAAGCCACUCAAUUUAUAUAA